UGCACGGGAUAAAUCUUUUCUAUGUUACUGGUUUUAAAUUAAGCAGGAAAGUUUAUCCCGUGUCGUAACAACAGCAUUUGUGAUAAAACAGAAUUAAGGGUUCAGGUUUUUUGGAACAGGGUUUGAACUCGGAAGACCUAUGAUAAGGUAGAACAACUUUUCCCAGUUCUGACGAAUAGUCCCAUACCAGCCACGUUCACGGUCUCUCGUCUCUCCGAAGAAGCACCUAAACCUCUUCCCCUAGCAUUUUCUGUGUUUAUUGCAAGUACCUAGAUAAUGUGUAAACACUGAAAAUGCAAAGUCCUGCCGACGUCCAGCAAGAGAAGGCCAUUCACUAAGAUCGGGGCCGACCAACUGCAAGAAUGCGACCGAGAGAAGCUCGAGUAAGGCGACUGAAACGUUGGUUGAGUUGAAGCCAAAGCCCAGGGUUCGAAAAAGAACUGUAUGUCUUUUUUUCAAAUAGCCCCGAAUAGCGAAAUGGCCAGGUGUUGAGAGAAUUGCACCACGUUAUGUGCUGUUGUACUUUUGUAAAUGUGCAAAUGUGUGUGAGAUAAUAUCGAUGGACAGUCUAUCCGUUUGCAACCGCGUUGACAUGCAACAGGUUGCGAGCGGCAGUGAGGAUUGAGGAUGCUGCUGCUGCCGCCGCCACGCCUGGCCCUGAUGGGCUGAGGCCCGCCUUUCCGCCGCAAUCUCGAGUUGGGAGUUGCGCAGCUGCACACCGUGAGCGGCGGCGGCGGCGGCGGAGAGACUGCAGGGAGAGAGGCGCUGUCUGGCCCGGCCAGCGGGCCCUACUAAAGGAGCACCGUGUUGAUGGUCUGAUUUCUGGAGGGAUUGCAGUGACUGAGGGGCCGGAUAGCCUUCGCUUCUCUGAUCCAGGCGGGCUCUACGGAUAGGAAGAAAACUGCUUCGCUGCUGCAAGGAAAGACGGUACAGAAAUACAGAGAUGUUCACAUAACCUGGAGUCACAGUGGAAGAACUUUAACAAAUUUAUUGGAUUAAUCCUGACUACAGUUUAGAAAUUUCAGAAAUGGAGCAGCCAAGUGUUCAUCUUUGGGUAAAACAUGAAACCUUCAUUGUUGGGGUAUUGCAGAUCCCACCUCCUUCAAAAUUCAGUAUGCACUACCUUCGAAAAAUGGCAACAUAUGUUCGAACAAAGGGAGGAGAUGGUGGUUAUCCCAGACUUUCUUGGCCAAUGUGGAGGCACAUUGCUUGUGGAAAGUUGCAACUGGCUGAAUAUUUGGCUUGGCUGUAUUUUGAAACGUUUGACAGUCUUCUAGAGAGAAGUUCAGAGGAGAGGCUGGAGUGGGCUGAGGCAGUAUCUCAUUGCAGGUCAGAAGAGGAAGUUGACAAACUGAAAAGUAAGCUGUCAGUAGACACACUGCAGUUUCUGCUGUUUCUGUACGUACAGCAGCUGAACAAAGUUUCUCUCCGAACAUCCUUGAUUGGUGAGGAAUGGCCAAGUCCCAGGUCACGAUCACCUGAUCUAGAUGGUAAAUCUAAUUCUCAGAACAAGAAUAUGGAUGACCACAACCAUCUGGUAUUUGUUCUGAACCACUUGUCAGAGUUGCUGGAGCUUCUACUGGACCCUGAACAACUCACUGCUUCAAACAACACAACCCAUGACAGUAUGAUAUCUGUAGAAGCAGUGAAAGCAUUGAACUUUCUCAUUGAAGGAAGUGUUGGUCAGAAUGAAGUAGUUUAUCCUGUGCACGAACUGGCUCUCUGGCAACCGGUUCUAGCCACAUCUGGCUACUCCAGACUCUCCAAGAUGUUCUGUUUCCGUAAACUACAGAGCUGGUUGAGAAGUGUGCUAGGACCAAAUCCAUUUGGUACUGCAGUCUGCUUCCGAAAAGGAAAGAAACUGGCGUGGGCACAGCAAGUUGAAGGUACGACAAAACGGGCAAAGAUUGCAUGCAAUAUUUAUACAGCACCUAAAGGCCACAAGGUGGUGGUAAUGACACAAGUAUACAAGCAAACCCUGGCUAAGAGCUCAGAUCAACUGGUUGGAGCUCAUGUUAAAAUUCAUCGCUGCAAUGACUGCUAUAUAUAUCUCUUAUCUCCUUUAAGGUCUGUCAGUAUUGAAAAUUGCCGAAAUACAACCUUUGUUCUCGGUCCUGUUCAAACAACCAUCCACAUCCAUAGCUGUGAUGAUGUGAAAGUAAUAGCUAUCUGCCAUAGACUUUCAGUCUCAUCAUCAUCAUCAUGCACUUUUCACUGUCUCACGCCCACCAACCCUCUAAUCAUGUCUGGAAACAUGAGCUUAACAUUUGCUCCAUACCAUACUUACUAUCCAAUGUUGGAGGAUCACAUGGCAAGGACAGGGAUAGCUACAAUCCCCAAUUACUGGAAUAAGCCAUUAUGCAUUGGUGUGGACAACAAUGAAAUGCCCGUCUAUCAGCUGCUGUCCCCCAAAGAAUUUCAUCCUUUUGUGAUCCCAUUUGAAAUAGAGGGGGAUACGAUGGAGAUCCCUGGAGGACUACCACCACAAUAUGAAAAAGCUGUAAGACAGAGAGAGCAGAAGAUUCAGAAUUGGCAGAAGACUAUUAAGGAGGCCGGUCUUAGCAAAGAACAACGCAAGCUGUUUCAAAACCUAGUGGAGCAGGAGUUCUGUGAAUGGCUUGAUCAAACUGGACAUCGUCAGCAACUGGACAGUCUCAUCCCAGCACCUGCUUCCUCAAAACAGACUACAUGUUGAAGAUUAAGAAUUUGUUUGGGUGAUUAUACUCAUUGCUAUAAUUGAAACAAAUGUGAGCUCUUAUUAUUGCAUGUCUUUCAAAUAUACAUUUUUGUAGAUCUUUGUCAUUCAAUUGCGGUUAUACUACACAUUUCACAAAGAUGUAAUACAAGAUACUUUUGAUGCACAUUUGAGACAUUAGUGCCAUUAUUGUAUUUCAAAUAGUUUUACAUUAAGUUUUGUAACUGGGUCAACUGGGACAGUCUUAUAAUUAGAUUGUUUAAGAUACAUUUCACUUUU